CCAUCAAAGUGGCAUGAUGAAAUCGCAAUCGGUAGAUAGUAUAUCUAGUAGUGCUGGUUAAACACAGGAAAAGCACAUGGGUGAUUGUGCGUGGAGUGGCACGAUAAGAGCUAUCAUUGAGGGUGUGCGAUAGUAGAUACUGCCCAAAAUGCCCGGCAUUAGAUCUAACGCAAGUAGUUGGAAGGCGGUCGAACCGCUGCCGUUGCUGACUGCAGCAUUGCGCUCGUUCCAAUAUGAGGCUGGUUAUCCUUGAAGAUGACGGCGAAGUGGCUGACUGGGCGGCCAAAUAUAUUAGGAAACGCAUUCAGGAUUUCAACCCAGGUCCAGACAAAUAUUUCGUCUUGGGGCUACCUACAGGGAGCACGCCUCUGAGUUGCUACAAAAAGUUGAUUGAAUUUUAUAAUCAGAAGACUGUUUCAUUUCGAUAUGUGAAAACUUUCAACAUGGACGAGUAUGUAGGGCUGCCGCGAGACCAUCCAGAGAGCUACCACUCGUACAUGUGGAACAAUUUCUUCAAGCAUAUAGACAUUUUGCCUGAGAAUGCCCAUAUUUUGGAUGGAAAUGCGGCUGACCUGAAUGCUGAAUGCGAUAGGUUUGAACAGCUGAUCUCUGAAUCUGGAGGAGUGGACCUCUUUGUUGGAGGCAUUGGCCCGGAUGGACACAUCGCCUUCAACGAGCCCGGUUCAAGUCUUGUAUCUCGGACACGAGUGAAGACCCUCGCCAAAGACACAAUAAUAGCAAAUGCCCGUUUCUUUGGAAAUGACUUGACCAAGGUUCCCAAGGAAGCAUUGACCGUUGGCGUGGGCACUGUGAUGGAUGCACGUGAGGUCAUGAUACUUAUUGUUGGCGGGCACAAGGCAUUUGCCUUGUAUAAGGCAGUCGAGGAGGGUGUCAAUCACAUGUGGACUGUGUCUGCAUUCCAAAUGCACCCCCGGACAAUCAUAGUCUGUGAUGAAGAUGCAACCAAUGAACUGCGUGUGAAGACUGUGAAAUACUUCAAGGGCCUGAUGCAUGUGCAUAACCAGCUAAUUGAUGAUAAGGAGGAUGUCAAGACUGACGACGAGAAGAAGGCUGACCAGCAGUGAACAAUGUUCACCAUAGACAAUAUUUGCAUAUGUUGCACCACAACUCCGGGAUUAUAUAAUGGUGUUCCAUGUGAUGGACACUGGCACGUUAGUGCGUACAACAACACUAUUUACUAAGGAAUAGAGUGUUAAUGUAUCUUUGUUAAUCUUGCCCGAGAUAUUGUAUCACUUUAUUAAAUGCAUAUAAACUGGUUUUUGCCACAUUGA